CGAGUUUUGAAACGGCUCGCGCGUUGGAGCCACGAACUCGAGUAUGGCCGAUGACGUGGUGGCAGCCCAAGUUCCCAAAGCGCUCCCCAUGAUCUCUAGCGAUGCAGGCAUCUUGCAGGACCAUCACGACGACGACGACGACGACACCGCCCAUCGAAAGAAGAAGGACGAGCGGAAAGCAGCGGCGCGGAAACGAAAGCACGAAAGGAAAAGCCAUGCGGCUGUGAAGAUCCAAGCACACGUGCGAGGCCACCAAGCUCGAACCAAACACCGUCGUGGCCCCCGAUUAGACCACCUUACGACCUCGUCACUCGUUGUUCCAGUGCUCCAGCUCAGUUCGACUGAGCAACUCGUGUCGCCCAAGUCAACGAGGCGCCUAUGUCGCCAGGAGUCGAUUCCAGAAGCGGCCGAACGUCAAAGUGCAAGGCACGGUGGCCCUUCCCUCGACGUCCUGUCACCAGCCGCUCUCGGCCAACCGACUUCUGCGCGGUCCCAAGCGCGGCUGGAAACGGCACACCACACGCUACCACCCCUGUUGUCGGCGCGCCAGACCAGCGCUUUAAAGUUAACCCCAUGUGCACCACCACACGAAGAGCAAACUCGCCGGGCCACGCAGUGCGCAUGCAUAGCCAACGAAUGUGGGUUGUCUCAUGGCUUGAUUAGAAUUCAGGCGACAUUUCGAGGCCACGAAGGGCGUAUGGAAGCGAUGCGGCAGCGCGAGAAGGUCGACGCCACGGUGCGGCACGAGGCCGAGGUCGAGGUGGCGCGCGAAGAGAGAGCGGCUACCGACAUCCAAGCCGUGUACCGUGGGCAUCACAUUCGGAAGUGCUUGGCGGAAGUGCAACCCUGGCGGCAUGAUGUAUCGUCAAUUCGACCAAGUGGUCAACACAACGCGUCCGAGGCCAAAGGGAAGCCAGGGCACAGUCCAAGCAGCGACUUGACACCAAGCACCAAGCACACGGACGGCGACGAAGACAAGAAGUCCCGCUCGUGGCCCGCCUCCAUGACACUACAGACUCAAUUGGAUGUGACCAACCAUACCACGCAAAUUGUGACGAGUCGUGGUCAAGUGCGGGUGUUGGUCAUGACGUGGAACCUCCAGGCGCAGAAACCCCCUGCGGAUUUGACUUUGCUUUUGAGGCCAGGGUCGUGUCACAUUUACGCGAUUGGGACCGAAGAAUGCGUGCAAUCCAUUGCCAAAUCGGUGCUGUUUCAGUCGAAGAAGGAAUGGGAGGAUCAGCUCAAGGAUACCCUGGGCGCGACGUAUGUCAAGCUGCGCAGUCAUGCGUUGACGGCGAUGCACAACGUGGUGUUUGUGCACACGAGCAUCUUGCCGUUGGUGUCGGAAUUGCACUCGGAUGCGAUUGCCACGGGUCUGGGCAACCAGUUGGGCAACAAGGGGGGCGUGGGGAUUGGGUUUAUGUUGGGUCGUACGUCGUUUGCGUUUGUGGGAUGUCAUUUUGAAGCCCAUCAGUCGCAGCAGGCGCUGAUUCGUCGCAAUGCCAACUUCCACAAAGUCAACUCCGAGCUGCAGCUGGUGGCGCCCUCCGACGAACACCGGAAAGGACCGAUCGCAUCAACGUUUGACCGCGUGUUUUGGAGUGGCGACUUGAAUUAUCGCAUCGACGGCACCCGAAAGAUGAUUGACGACUUGUUGGCGCGCAACUUCCAUGAUGUGCUCGUGGUCAACGACCAGCUGCGCAAGGAGAUGGCAGCUGGGCGUGUGUUUCAGCGGUUUCGGGAAGGACCACUCAACUUCAAACCGACGUACAAAUUUGACAAAGGGUGCGACGACUACGACACGUCGGCCAAGCAGCGGAUUCCAUCGUGGACUGACCGCAUUUUGUAUAUGUCCGCUGCGACACCGGCUGCCAUUGCGCUAUUGGCGUACGAGAGCCACAUGGACGUGAAGACUUCCGACCACCGACCUGUCACAGCGAUCUUUGACGUCGAGUUUGUGUGUGAUGUCAACGGCCUGGACAAGGCCACCCACGCUGACCAAACCAAGAGCGAAGUGUGUGCGGUGCAAUAGCAAUAGAACUCACACGCACAUGUAAAUUAAGACGGUACAUAUGUACUAACUACUAGUACAUGUACCGGUAGUACGCCUCCAAAGAGAUCGAGGAACGACGCUGUAUAUUUCUAAUGCUAUAUGGGG